UCAUUAAAAUAUUUAAUUUUCUAAAUAAAAUGCCGAAAAAUAUUACAAAUGAAGUACGUGAAAUAAUUUUAAAAAUCAAAGAGUUUAUGGACGAUGAAAAACGGAUGCAAGUACCAAUAAUACCGCUCAGCAAAGUAUACGUAAGGGUGUCUGCUGCCACAGGUGUAUCAGAAAGAACAGUGCUUAAUAUAGUGAAAGAAGCCAGGCUAGUAGAGCAAGGAUUAUUAGAUCCUGAUACAUUCAAGAGGGCACCUAAGAAAAGAGUUCGAACCAAAGGAAAAAUAGAAGUUGAUGAAUAUGAUUUGCAAGUUAUCAGACGAAAGAUUCAUGAGUUUUAUGCAUUCAAAAAAGAAGUGCCAACUAUAAAUAAACUUUUACAAAUCUUGAAAGAGGAAAUAAACUUCAAAGGUUCGAGAGAAACACUAAGAAAAAUCCUUCGUAAAAAUGGGUUUCAAUUCAGAAAAACAAAAAAUAAUAAAGAGAAAGAGCAUGCACCAGAAUCAACCUCAUCUGUCCCUCCGAUGGUUACACCAUAUAUUCACUCCAUGUUCAAUCAUAAAAAUAUUCAGUAAUAAAUCUUACUUUAUUUAGGUUGAUAAGAAAUUAAUGUUAGGUGUUAUCCUCCAGUAACAAUUUGUGUGCAUACAAAUAAGAAUUAGCUUUUUAAUCUGCUAGGAUUCCCAAUUUUAUAAUCAGGGCUGAUCAGUAUUUUAAUUUAAACCAUUUUUGGCAGGUUACAAGUUUAUAUGGUUUCACAACAUAUUAUUAUAAAUAAGAGUCCCCCAUUGCUCUGCGUUUGUGUGGGU